AUGAUGUACUGUGAGCGAAAUAUGGCUAAUGGGCUGAUUGUAGACUGCGUGUACAAAAUGGUAUAUUGGUAUUCUCGAGCUUUUAACAGUAUUUUGGCGGAGGUUGAUUUUGAGGAAAUUCAAGCGGCGGCGUGCUGUUUUCCCGCCAGGGGUCGGGUUGUACUGGUGGCUCUUGCUAGGAAACUUCGUGGUGUGGGACAUUGUGCUUCGAAUAUUGGUCUUGGUACUUGCCGUUUGCUAGGUGAUUUUACGACAACUGGGGAAGGGCAAGUGCUUCUGAGUGUCCGACAUAAAGAUGCUUAA